GGUUGCUUCAUGUGCGUAUCUCAAAGGUGUCAUGACGCUUCUUGCGAUGGUGCCCAUUCUUGUUCACCACGGCCAAGGCUGGAGAUGGAGUCGCGUUCCAUCAUACGGGUUUCUGUUUAUGUGACGAUUCGAAGGCGAACAACAUGAGCGAAGGGGACUUCGUCUUACGCCUCGGGCGCAAGCAGCGAGCAUCAUCGGCGAUUCACCUGCCGAAGCUAGGUGAAGGAAAGACCGAUACCGUGCAGGAGGAGGAUCCGACUGUCCUUACAGGCAUAAGACGUCGAAGACGAAGUAAAACAAGCACCUUUGUACGAAAGUUGAACGCCUACGUCCCGACACCGUUAUUUGCAACUGGCGAUGAUGGAGAAACCCGAAGCGGGAGCAAUGUCGAAGAAAGCCACGCUGCUGUUCGACGAGAAGGGGAGACCGCAGCUUCACUUUCUUCUGAUCGUGUUGCGAGAGGACGAGAUGACCGGGAGCACGGCGUUAAAAGAGCAAACUUCGUCCCCUCCGCUAUCCAUUUGCGAUGGCGAGGCUGCAAUCUGGAAGAACGGUUGGGUCCUGUGGAGCAAGGUGUUGGAGAGAACACACCGGCAUCUGAAGCUGGAUCCACAGUGAGCAGAAAGCUGUCAGUGAGCGAGCACUUUGCAAACGAAAUCAAAAAGCUUGGUGGGCAUCCUAGCGUAAUAAACCACUACGCCACGCGGCCAUCAAAGCAGGCGUCUUCUUUGAUCGCCCCGUUAGCUAGAAAACGGAUGGCGCCGACUAUGAGCGAACCCAGCGUAGCAGUUACUGGCCCUUCGCACGCGCACUCGAAGGCACAGAAGGUCGACAAGAAAAUGGAUAAUAAGCGUCACAAGAAAGCACAAACAGCGCGCAAGAUUCAAGAGCACAGAAGCAAUUCGCCACCUGUCUUUCUUUUCGCGGAAGCAGCUGACGCGGCGAAGCAGAAGCAACA